UUUCUUCAUUUGUGACGAUUUCAUGACUUAAUUCAAAAAGAGAGUAAUGAGAUUACAUUCUUAAAUAAGAUAAAAUAAUGAGAAAUUCUUACGACCAAGAAGCUCUCCCAAUGGAGAGCCAAGAGGCUGAAGCCUCUCUCAUGAAGAUAUCCUGGAGUAACCUCCAGUAUACGGUUAGAGCAGGGCCUAAACGUUGGGGAAGGCGCUCAGAGAUGAAUGACAAAGUGCUGCUUAAGCCUCAAAGUGGGUAUAUUAAACCAGGUCAAACCUGAUUUAUCAUGGGAUCCUCUGGAGCUGGAAAGACAACUCUUCUCAACACACUUUGUGGACGUAUUACUUCUAGCAGUACGGCUAAGGUAGAGGGGCAGGUGAUGAUAAACGAUACAUAUCCUAUCACUCAGAAGGAUUUCGGGAAGUAUGGAGCGUACGUCAUGCAGGAUGAUGUACUAUUCCCUACAUUUACUUGCGAAGAAGUUAUUACCUUCUCUGCAAAGCUGAAGCUCAAUCUUAGUGAGAAAGAAAUCAAGAACAGAGUGAGCACAAUUAUUGAUGACCUUAGACUCAACAAUUGCAAAAAUACUUUUGUUGGCAACCAACUUAUCAAAGGAAUAAGCGGAGGUCAAAGAAAGAGAACAGCCAUUGCUAUUGAGAUGGUCACUGAUCCUCAGGUUCUUUUCCUCGACGAACCUACUUCAGGCCUUGAUAGCUUCACUGCUAAUAGGAUUGUAAAGCUACUUGUGAAGCAAGCCAGGUUGGGCAAAACAAUAGUAGCGACUAUCCAUCAGCCAAGCUCUCAAACAUUCAAUCUGUUUGACAAACUUAUUUUACUUAUGGAUGGGAACCAGAUAUACCAAGGCCCGGCUGACAAAUCGGUUGGCUAUUUUGAGUCGAUAGGUUACUCAGUUCCGAGUUACUCAAACCCAGCUGAUUAUUUUCUAAUGAAAUUUUAUCUCCCAUAUAAGAAAUCAGAGAGGGAUAUUCAAAUGUUAGAAACUCUAAAAGAAGCAUUUGAGGAGAAACUAUCAAGCCAGAUUGCCUUACAGAAUGAGGCUGAAUACAUUUAUGAGGAGAUUACAGCUAAAUCUCUCUCAAAGGCAUACAGCCAAAUAUCCUUCUGGAGUGAGCUGAAAGAACUUGUGAAAAGAACAGGGAUUAAUAUUUACAGAAACCCAACAUUAGCGAAAAUGAGGUUCUUUUCUUCAUGUAUGAUUACCAUCACCAUCUGUUUCUUUUUCUGGGACCUUGGUUAUGACCCCAAAGGGAUCCACAACAAGCGAGGAUUCAUGUUCUACAUCAGCUGGAACCAGACAUUCCAAUCUGUAUUGUCAGUAGUCAUGAACUUUAUUGAUGAAAGACCUGUUUUUCUUAGAGAAUAUGCAGCCAAAACUUACAGGAUAUGGAGUUACUUCUUGUCAAAGUCCUUAGUAGAAGCUCCAUUUCAGCUUCUGUUUCCAAUAUUAACCUCUCUAAGCGUGUAUUUCUUAGUAGGACUCACUCCAGAUGUGGAAAAGUUAAUGAUUUUUACCCUAAUCUUACUCUCUGUGGUAUUCUGAGCCACUUCAUUGGGCUUCGCUAUCGGAUGCUGAGUGGAAGAACCCUAUAAGGGCACCUCAUUGACUAUAUUUAUCCUUGGCCCAAUCAUGUUCUUUGGAGGGCAUCUAGUGAAUCUGAACACUGUGCCGACUUAUAUCCGAUGGAUGAACUAUCUCUCACCAGUACGCUACGCUACAGAAGCACUACUUCGAAAUGAAUUGGAGGGAAAUAGAAGAUACAGUCUUUCCCAAGAUUUCUUCUCAAACCUUGGCUUUGACCUUGGAAUGGCCGAGUGUAUUCUUAUCCUAGUAGUUCUUGGCUUGGCCUUCCGAGUUCUAGGAGCUUUACUGCUCAGACUAGCAGUAACUUCAGUUCAAUAG